CUGAACGAUUCAAAUUCUCACCGUACCUCUUCCUCUAUCUAAUAAACCCUCUCCCCCAAUCCGUCGCUUUAUUCCCCCAAUACUCCUGGCUUUCUUUCACCUCCGAUCAAAGCUCUGUCCCCGACCUCAGUGACCCACCGAAUCCAUGGCUGCACCGAAGGAUUCAGUUCUGGAGCGCCGGGUGAGUCUCCGGCUUCAGUACUCUCAGCAGAAGCCUUUCUAUGGUACUAGGAAGAGGACGGAAUCGGAGGCCGGUCGAAACGGCGUCGUUGUGAGCAAGAAGCCCAAGGUUAAGGUCUCAUCACUAGUAAGGAAGAGUAGUGAGAGUGGGAGCAAAAAAUUGGGGAAACACAAAGUCGAUGAUGAUGAAGAAGCUGGAAAUUGCGAGAGUGGGACUGAAAAAUCGGAGAAUGGUAAGGUUGAAGCUGAAGAAUCUGGAGAUUGUGAGGGUGAGAACAAGAGUGUGGAUGUGAAGGAACGUGAUAUGAGUGUGUAUGCUCCUUCCGGAGCUAAGGUUGAUGGUAAAGGCAAAAGCUAUGUUGCCAAGUUGAAGGAGACGCUCAGACUUUUCAAUCUGCAUUACCUUCACUUUGUUCAGGAAGAGGAGAAGAGAUGCAGGAAGCUGGAGAAUGAGAGUGAAUGCCGUGAUGAUCUAAAGAAACCUUCCAAACGAGUGGAUAAGAAGGCAAUUUCUGAGAAUGGAAAUGGAAGUCUUGGUGUUCCUAAGAAGCAGUCCAAGAGACCUGAUCUGAAGGCGCUUUCACAGAUGUCGACCAACAACGAAAUUCUAUACCCUGAAAAAACAAUUGGUCAUCUACCGGGUAUUGAGGUCGGGCAACAGUUUUUCUCUCGAGCUGAAAUGGUGGUUGUAGGGUUUCAUAGCCACUGGUUGAAUGGAAUUGAUAUCAUUGGAAAAUCUAAAGGAAAGGACAAAUUCAAGGGCUAUACCUUACCAAUUGCAGUAGCGAUCGUGUUGUCCGGUCAAUAUGAAGAUGAUGUUGAUAACUCAGAUGAAAUUGUGUACACUGGCCAAGGUGGAAAUGACUUACUUGGUAAUAAACGUCAAAUCCAAGAUCAAGUAAUGCGUAUGGGUAAUUUGGCUCUUAAGAAUAAUAUGGAGCAGUUCGUUCCCGUCAGAGUCAUCCGUGGUCAUAAAUGUGACACUAGCUAUACUAAGAAAGUUUAUACAUAUGAUGGAUUGUAUCAGGUUCACCAUUAUUGGGCAGAGAAGGGUGUAGCUGGGUUUACCGUAUUUAAGUACCGUCUGAAGCGUCUUCCAGGGCAGCCUAAAUUGAUCAGUAAUCAGGUUUUAUAUACUAAUGGGAAAGGGUCUAAAGCUCAGUCUGAAUUACCUGGGUUGGUGUGCAAGGACAUUUGCAAUGGUCUAGAAAAUAUAAAAGUUCCAGUUACCAAUAUAGUUGAUAUUCCUCCUGUAGCACCUGAAGGCCUUACAUAUAUCACAACUACUGAAGUUGCAAAAGGUGUGAAGAUUCCACCACGUGCUCAUGGGUGCAAUUGCCAGGGAAACUGUACUAAUUCAAAGACUUGUUCCUGUGCUCAACUCAAUGGUGGUGACUUCCCUUACGUUAGCAAAGAUGGUGGAAGAUUGGUUGAAGCAAAGGCUGUUGUGUUUGAGUGUGGUCCACAAUGUGGCUGUGGACCAAGUUGUGUGAAUCGCACAUCUCAACGGGGAUUGAAGUAUCGACUUGAGGUGUUUCGGACACAUGACAAAGGCUGGGCUGUUAGGUCUUGGGACUUUAUUCCUUCUGGUGCACCAGUAUGUGAAUACAUUGCAGUUCUUAGGAGGAAUGAUGAAAUAGACAAUAUCUCAGAGAAAGAGAAUGAGUAUGUAUUUGAAAUUGAUUGCUGGCAGACAAUGAAUGGAAUUGGGAGAAGAGAGAAACGAAUGGGGAAUGUGGCUAUUCCAAAUAGUGAUGUCAUAUCAGAAAGUGAUCCAGAGUAUUGCUAUGAUGCGGGUUCACGUGGCAAUGUAGCUAGAUAUAUUAAUCAUAGUUGUGAGCCGAACCUCUUUGUACAGUGUGUUUUGAGGGAGCAUCAUGAUGUUAGGCUUGCUAGAAUUGUGUUAUUUGCUGCAGAUAACAUACCUCCAUUGCAGGAACUUUCAUAUGACUAUGGAUAUGAACUUGACAGCGUGGUUGGUCCCGAUGGAAAAAUAAAGAAGUUAUUUUGCCGUUGUGGUGCAGCAGGCUGUAGAAAGCGUUUGUACUAGGAACAUGGAGUGCAUCUUGCCCUUUGACCCUCUUCUGUAGUAGUAGAGUCGCACCCAUCCCUACUAGUUCAAUUCAGGGAGUGAAAAUACUAAACCCUGUAAUUUUUUGAAUGCUCAGUUGGAUCAGUUGCAGUUUGCAUAUUGUAUCCAAUUUGAUUAUUUAUACUGGCCAAAAAGGCAGGCUGGGUAGGGUUUUUGUGGAGUUAAGUGCUGAAACAAAUGGUUUAGGGUACACAGGGUUUUGGAGUCACAGGAAACUAUUUUGCGAUAGGAUUGUUGUAUCAUGAGCAAUUCUGUUCUGCUACUAUGUUCUCAUAUUAUCAAUCUAAUAUUGGUUGUU